AUGACUGCUGAUGCGCAACCAAAGUGGCGAUUAGUUUGCGAGCGGAGCUACGAGAAGGUGGCCGCAUAUUUUGUUGGUCCGAUUGGCUGAAGUGUGCGUCAUUAGAAUUUGGGAAAAACAAAAAUUUAACAGUAUUUAGGAUGUAUCCAAUUUGGAUGCGUUUGCUAGUGUUGGCAGUAGGCUGUGUGUUGGGAGCAGAGGUUUUUCACAAUGCCCAAUUUCAGUGCGGGAUACCGAAGCAUGCCAACACGCUGCUAAUUGUCAACGGGGCUGAUGCGAAGAUCAGUGACUGGCCGUGGCAUGCUGCGGUAAGACUUCACACCAGCGACGGUCAACCGCAGUACGUCUGCGGGGGGACGCUGAUUAGUGAGAGAUUUGUGGUGACCGCAGCUCACUGCACUCUUGGUGAGAAUCCCAAUAAACUACCUACGAUUUCCGUUCAAUUGGGGGUGAAUGCUGUCGGUUCACCGGAAGGAAAGGUGUACAAGGUGGAGAAAAUUCAUCGUCAUGCUGGGUUUACAUUAGCCGACUUGAAGGAUGAUAUUGCAUUGCUGGAGUUGGACUCGCCGGUAGAGUUUACCGACUACAUUUUGCCAGUUUGUUUGAGUAAAAAAACCACGAUCGAGGCUGGAAAGUUAGGUGCUGUGGUGGGUUGGGGAUUCACCGAGAAUGAUCUUCCUUCGACGAGGCUGAAGCUGGCGAAAUUACCUGUGGUUGACAAGAAGGAGUGUCAACGCCGCGAACCGGAGUUAUACGGUCGAGUUUUAACGGAGAAGGUCUUCUGUGCGGGGUACACUAAUGGAACUUCGGCUUGCAAUGGCGAUAGUGGCGGCGGUAUUGUCUUCGAACGUGGUGACGCUUGGUACUUGGGAGGAAUCAUCUCCUUCACCCGUUCUAGAGAUGGAUCAAGCCUGUGCUUGACUACAACGUACUCGGCCUUCACCAAAACCGAAUCAUAUCUGGAUUGGAUUGCGCAAAUUACGAACACUGAUUUCAGUGAAGAAUACGGAAUCGAGAAAACUGUCCCCUGCUCAAGCAAGGGCACACCGAAUGGAUUCUGCGUUCCAGUGCAGCAGUGUCGAAACAUUUUGGACGCUCUACGAUCGCCUCUACUGUCGAAGGAGAUAGCCAAUCAGUUAAAGCAAAGUGUGUGUCAACUGCGUGGAAUUCGUCGCAGCGUCUGCUGCCAACCGGAUCAGGUUGAACGGAUUCCGAUCCAUCGAAAUGCCAUACUGCUUCCGCAAGAGUGCGGGGUGGCCAAGAGAAGUGAACCUCCCACAACCGCCGUCCGGGCAAAAGUUUUCGAAUUUCCCUGGAUUGCUAUUGUACUCUCCAGUAAAGUCACUCCGGAUAGGAAUCACUAUUGCGUCGGAUCUCUAAUCAACAAUCGCUACGUACUUGCGUCUGCUGGGUGUUUGACAUCGAAACAACGCUCCGAUUUGGACUUCGUCCGGCUUGGAGAACACACGCUGAACCAGCCGCAGGACUGUGACACUUACACCGACCCUAGAACCCGCAAUACUGUCGAGGAAUGUGCAGCUCCUCCGUUGGACGUUAAAGCAGUGCUUCCUUUCACAAUUCACCCCCUUCAUAAUAAACCUUUUAGAAAUAAUGAUUUCGGAUUGGUUCGAAUGGAGCAGAAGGUGGCGUUCACUGAUAACAUUCGACCGAUCUGUCUGCCCGUCCGGGAGGCGCUGCGUAGCAAUCUGCCCCAUGAUUUCAUCCUGGCAAUGAUGGAAACUACCACCAAGCAGGAGCUGUACAAAACCCGUUCGAAGUUCAUCGAAACUGAGGAGUGCGAAGAACUAUACGAAGAUAACGGCUACACGCCAUCAUAUUCAGACCAAAUGUUCUGCGGACUGGCUCAGGGACCUAGCUUCGUGUGCACCCCUCACUUGGGAGCUCCACUGGUUUCUAUGGUUCAACAGGGUAGCACCACCCGGGCGGUGUUGUACGGUACGACGGUAAGGCAUUCAGACAACUGCACGAUCGCACAGUUCAUUCCGAAGAUGUACCUGCGGGUGCCGCUGUUCGUGGACUGGAUUUUGGAGAAUAUUGCACCUUAGAAGCGGAGGAGAUAAUGUGAACGCUGUGACGAUGAAACACUGCGAAUACAGUUUUUGGAAUAGGUUGUAGUGCGGGAGAUAAUACACAAAUAUUACUAGACAUUACAGUUCGUAUUAAUUUUUUAUUACGAUGGCUUUCCCAUGAAUGAUGCAAACACAUUUUGAAGAAUGCUUCAGAAAAUAUCGUAAAAUAUACAUUUUAUCUACAAGUAUUUAUUAUUAA